AUGGCUGAGCCUAUCUCUGAAGCUACCUCUGAGGAAUUACUGGACACGAAGGAGCCCACGGAAGAACCACCGCUGGAGAUCCCGAAGCAGAAGCAGCCCAGGCGCCGCCGCCGACGACACCAACACCUAUACCGACACCGACGCGGCGGCUGUGCCCACAGUUUCGCCACCUACCUCUCCAGGGUUCUGAAGAACGUUCACCAGAGCCUGAGCCUGUCGCAGGAAGCUGUGAGCAUCAUGGUUUCGUUCAUGAAGGACAUCUUCGAACGUAUCGCUGACGAGGCCUCGCUGACGAGGCCUCGCGCCUACUCUGCAACACCCAGCGCACCACCAAUGCCUCCAGAGAGAUCCAGACGGCUGUGCGCCUGCUCCUGCCUGGGGGAGCUUGGCAAGCACACCAUGUCUGAGGCCACUAAGGCCACCCUUUAG